AUUAACCCUACCAUGAAGUUUUUUCUUCGUCAUUGAUGUAUAUUUUUGCAUAUGCCAAAUAAAAACAAAUAAGAAUAGGUAUCAAUUGACUUGCUAACUGCUAAGACAUGAAGUCAAAACAAAAAAGCAACCUGAAAGUAUAUAUCUUGCAAAAUUCUAUUUUCACAUCUUGUGGUUUCCUCAAAUAUGGAUUAGCUAAAUUUAGAGUUUGCUCUAAGCACUCUAUAUAUGAAUUCACUUUUCUCCUAAUUCACAGAAACAAAGGUGUCAAGAAGAAGGAUCAACAUAUUAAUUGACUAAAAAUGAAGGCAUGGAUGAUAAUCUUGUUGGUGAUUUGUGUCGCUGUGGUGGUGGAGCAAUCAGAGGCUCGCAAAGGUCGAAAGUAUUUAAAUCCAGGCGUGCUUGACCGGUGUCGUGGUCCUAAUCCUCCAGCGGGAUGUCAUCCUCACAAUUCCCACCACAAACCUCGCGUCCCUGUUCACAAUUAUAGUCGUGGUUGUAGUAGAAUUACCCGGUGCAGACGAGAUGCCUAGGUUUAACCUCACAUGACGACGACGUCCCUUUAUAUUGAUCCUUCUUCUACAUGAGACUUGCAAUGAUAUUAUAUAUUCAUAUAUAUACACAUUACGCUGUAUAUGAUAAUUCCAGUUGAUUAAUAUAUAAAUCUUACUGAUUUCAAUUCAAUACACAAGAUCCUGUAACUGAAAUAAUUUUGUCCAUGUUUUGUGCUUAUAAUAAUGGUAUGACUCUUAUUAUUGUUGAGUAAUUUCAUCGAGACUCGUCUCCUAAAAUCCUAUAUGUCUCAUCUCAUAAAUACACUAUAUGUCUUAUCUGACCUUGU